AUGUCGAUAAGUUUAGUCAAAAUGGCGAAGGAAUAUCAGGGUGAUGAUAAAGAAGACCAAUUGUUGGUUAUGAAUAAUUUUGACGGCUACAUCCGAACAUUUUCUGAAAAGGAUUUGAAAUACGGCCAUGACGAGGUUAUGAAGGCGCAUUCACCGAUAAGCGAGAAAUACAAACGAGAUUACGCCGAAUGGGAAAAAUUAAAGCUUUCAAAGUCAACACAAGUUGUUCCAAAUAAUAUCAAACUUGAAAGUGCGUUCGCACUUUUAAAACACAUUCAGGGAACUGACGCCACAUCUCUACCAAGGAGAAUUUAUAGAAGAGCCGCAGCAGCACAAAGUGGCACUGCCAAAUGGUUCAUUAAAGAACUCGAUGAUGAAGAACAAAAAGAUCUCAUUCAGCGAGCAAUGAGAGAAAAAGAAGAAGUUAACAAGGAAGACAGUCGUCUCAACAAAGAAGAAAAAAUGACAUAUUUGCCGGUUGAAGAAUAA